AUGGAUCCGCCUCGCCUCAACAACCGAGCCUGCUUCCACUUCCUCCGAGCCCUCUACAACGCCGUGUCAUCCAGCAUCGUCAUAACCGACACCGCGUUACUCACCACCACCUCCGCCAAGAUCCAGGAGCUCAUGAUGGACGUAGUCACCCAAUCCAAUCUACAGAUAGUAGUACCAGAACGGAUGCCGGUCGUCCAGGCCGGCGGCGAGUUCGACGCCGAGUCCAUCCGCAUGCACGUCAAGGGCGUCAUCCGCGAGAGAGUCGAGCUCCUGCUGCACGAUGCGGCCACUCCCGAGGACAGUCGCGUCCUCUACUUCAUCUGGAACAGAUAUCUCCGCGCCUUCAUCACUGCCCAGCCCGCUGCCGCCGCUGCCGCCGCUGCCGCCGAGACCGUCGCCCAAGCCAUCCAGCCCCAGCAGCCCCAGCAGCCCGAGCAGCCCCAGCAGCCCCAGCAGCCCCAGCCGACUCCGAACCUCGACGCCGACGCCGACCACAGGCACGCAGAAGUCCUGCGCCCCCAGCUCCAUCGCGUCUGGGGUGAGGAGGAGGUUUCCUACCUGACAAGUCUGUUCGUGAAUGACCCGCGUCUCACGUGCGCGGAGGCAACACCCAUGCUCAACGAGCACUAUGCGGGAAGGAUGGUGGAUGGGCUAACGUUCACCGAGAGGUCGGUUAAUUCGGGAUACGGCGAUGAGGAUUAG